CUAUUCUGUCAAUAUCAGUUUUGUGCCCUAACAACUCUGGCCAGCAUUCAUGAUACUUCAGUAAUGAUGUGUUUCUAAAUAUCUCAUACUCUUGGUGGAUAUCUGAAAGAAGAUGAAUUGCCAGUAUUUUCUAGGUGUCUCCAUAUGUCUGUACUGAGCUUUCUUUUAUUCCUGUUGCAGUUUUUCUAUUGGUGUGACUUUGCCAAAAUUGAUCUUUAAGCCUGUCCCUGAAGAGAAGGAAAGAAGCAUUGGCAGAGGAAGCAGUGCUGAGCGUAUCUCUGUUUGCUGAUCCAGAGAGAGUUUGCAAUGGCAGUGCUAUGGAAAUUCAUGAGAGUUACUAAGUAUUCUACAAGAGGUUUAUCACAGGAAGUGAAAGUAAGAGGAAUUAUCACCCAUUCAAGGCACUCUUCAUCCAGGUCUAUACCUUCUGAUAUUGCUGCCAACACAGCAUCAUUGAAUACUGUGGAACUGCUUGGUAAAGCUUACCCUCGAGAUGACUACAGUAAUGUCACGGAGAAGAUUCUCUCCAAAGUUGGGAAGAACUUGCACAACCAAAAGCAUCAUCCUUUGUGGCUAAUCAAGGAGCAGGUGAAGGACCACUUCUACAAGCAAUAUACAGGACGCUUUGGAACGCCCUUGUUCUCUGUCUAUGAUGCUCUUUCUCCAGUGGUUACAGUACAGCAGAAUUUUGAUAGCCUGCUUAUCCCACAAGACCAUGCCAGCAGAAGGAGAGAGGAUAACUAUUACUUGAAUCGUGAUCACAUGCUAAGGGCACACACAUCAGCUCACCAGUGGGACUUGAUACACUCCGGCUUAGAUGCCUUUCUGGCCGUGGGAGAUGUCUACCGCCGUGAUACAAUUGACAGCACCCACUACCCAGUCUUCCAUCAGAUGGAAGGAGUUCGGCUCUUCUCCUGUCACGAGUUGUUCUGCAAUGUGAAGGGUGGCGAAGGUUUCCAGCUGUUCGAGCAGGGCCCUCGCACGGCGCACAAGCAGGAGUCCCACACCAUGGAGGCCGUGAGGCUGGUGGAGUUCAGCCUGAAGCACGCGCUCACCCGGCUCAUGACUCACCUCUUUGGGGACGGACUGCAAGUCAGAUGGGUGGACUGCUACUUCCCGUUUACUCACCCUUCCUUUGAGAUGGAGAUCAACUUCCAAGGAGAAUGGCUGGAGGUGCUGGGCUGCGGGGUCAUGGAGCAAGAGCUGGUUAACUCAGCUGGUGCUCAGGAUAAAAUUGGCUGGGCAUUUGGCUUGGGUUUGGAGAGGCUGGCCAUGAUCCUGUAUGAUAUCCCUGACAUCCGACUGUUCUGGAGUGAAGAUGAACGCUUCCUGAAGCAGUUUGUUGUGCCUCAUAUUUGCCAAAAAAUAAAAUUCCAGCCACUCAGCAAAUACCCACCUUUGAUCAACGACAUCUCCUUUUGGCUGCCUUCCGAGACAUACUCUAAAAAUGAUUUCUAUGAUUUGGCCCGAACCAUUGGUGGAGAUUUAAUAGAGAAGAUUGUCCUACUGGAUGAAUUUACCCAUCCAAAGACAAAGAAGGUCAGCCACUGCUACCGUAUCACCUACCGCCACCCGGAGAGGACUUUAACUCAGGACGAGGUGCAUGACAUCCAUCAAGCUAUUGAAGCAUCAGCAGUCCGGGAACUUGGGGUUGAAGGCAGAUUCUAGCAUUCAUGAUCUGAAGCCCUAAUGACAUUAGCUUUCUAUUUCUUCCUUUUUUCUUAUCUUUUGAGAGGGGUAAAGUGAUAAGGAAAGAGAGGGGUUUUGUGACUGAGCUUAGGACAUGGAAACCAAUUGAUAAAUGG